AUGGAAAAUUUUUCAUUUUCCGGUUCGGAACGUGGUUUUAACGUUUUUUGGAACGUACCAACGGAAAAUUGUCGAAAACACGGCAUCGAUUUCGAACCUCUCAUUCAAACGUAUAAAAUGAUUUCAAAUAAAAAUGAUACUUUCAGAGGUGGGAACGUCACGAUAAUUUACAAUCCUGGAUAUUUUCCGACCGUUAAAAAGCUGUCGAACGGUACCGAAAUCGUAACAAACGGUGGAAUACCACAAAAAGGAAAUUUAACUUUACAUUUGGAAAAGCUAAUAAAAGAUUUGAAAAAAUAUUCUCACGAAUAUUUAAACGGUCUUGGUGUAAUAGAUUUCGAAUCGUGGAGACCGAUAUUUCGUCAAAAUUGGAACGAACAAACAAUCUAUAAAAACAAAUCAAUAGAAUUAGCCAAAACAUUCAUCGAAUAUAAUAAUAAUAAUAAUAGGACGACGAUAAAUUAUUUAAAAUUAAUUAAUGACACGGAAAAUGGGGUUAUAAUGGAUUUCCAUAUUGUUAACAGUUAUAGCGACAACGUGGAACCAGAAUGUCCCAAAAUGGCCGUUCAUGAAAACAAUAGAACUUUAUGGUUGUUCGAUUCGAGCACGGCCCUAUAUCCGUCCAUUUAUUUAAAAAGAAAACAUAACGAAACCGAACGUGUCAGAUUCACGAUAGCCGUUCUAAACGAAGCUUAUAGAGUUUCCGCCACGUCUAAUUACGUUCCAGUUUAUCCAUACGUUUGGUAUAAAUAUUUGGAUAACGACACGGAAUAUUUAACAAUGACGGACAUGUUUAAUUCCAUCGUAAUACCUAAACAAUAUCAAAUGGGUGGCGUCAUCAUUUGGGGUAAAAGUUCGGAUUUAGAUUCUAAAAACGAAUGCCAACAAUUUUAUUAUUAUUUAAAAACAACGCUCGGACCCGCAUUAUACGAAAAUCUAUUAAAUAAAAAUUAUUACAACGAAACACUUAUAAAGUAA